GGAGGUGUCUCUUAAAAUUCUACACAGAUGUUACCCUGUAAAUUCAGUAUUGACUAAAUAUAUUCAAAAUAUUGAUCCUCUUUGUUCCUUUUGUCACAUCGAACAAGAAACUUUAAUCCACCUUUUCAGAGAAUGCUCUUUCAGCAAAAUGUUUUGGUGAGACUUCAAAAUUUUCUUUAGUCAGAAAUGUAAUAUACUUAUUCCUUUGAAUGAUAAACAUGUUUUCUUUGGUAUUUCCAAUAACAGUAUUUCUGGGAAAGAAUAUAUUAUCCAUUUUCUUAUUCUGUUGGCUACGUUCCACAUACAUGCCUGUAAAUUAGUUAAAAACAAACCCAACCUCACUGUUUUUAGAGUUUAUGUAAGACGUUUUUUGGACUCUUUAAAAAUAUUCACCAACUCUAAAGCUAUGAAACUUAUUACCAGAAGAGAUUCAUUUGAUUUGUAAACUGUUAUUUUUUUUCUCUUUUUUUUUUCAUGGAAUCCUGUGGAUUUGUUACCGCAGCACCUGCAGCAUGCUACUGUCUGCAAUUGUAUAUUGUUUAUUUGUAAAUAAAGUUUAAUUUAAAAAAGAAUAGAUAUUGCAUUUAUUGACAGCUAAUAUUUGCUAAGUGCUCGGUGUAACACCCGUCUAUGUUCCACUGGAUAUUCCGAGUUUUUAACUCAGAGUCACUGAAACUAAAUUUGAAUUUUGGUUGAUUUAAUGUUUUAGAAUUACAUUCUGACCAAACAUCCUGAUGUCAUCACAAGAAUAUUUUAUCCUGAAUUUAGUUCAUUUACUUUAUACUUUUUGGUUUUUUCCCAUUUCUGGUAUUUAGUUUCAUUCUUGUCCAUUUCUGCCAUGAAUAAAAAAAUAAAAGCCCAACCAAGAGAAGGAGCUUAGCGCUGUCAAUCAUCCUCAUGUACCCCCUGCUAAAUGUGCUAAUGGUGGACAAACAACUUACUGCUACAGGAAGACCGUUUAUCUGCUGUCAUUGGUGGCAAUGCUAAUUUACAUUAGCAGUCAUGGCAGGCUAUGCUAGCUGCAGUGGUUGAUUGACAGCACUAAGACCCGCCUCCUGACUCUGAUUGGUUGUUUCUGACUGAUGUGUAAACCGUCUUACAUGAUCAAUAUAUAAAAACAUUUUUAAAAUAAAUUUAAAACUAAAUUGACUUCCUGUUGUGCUUUUAUUAAUUUUUCAUGGUAGAAAUGGGCUUCCAUCAGGACCAGAACUGGUACCAUCCUGAAUCAGAAUCAGAACCAUUAAUAUUAUUAUGAUGAUGUUGUUGUUGUGGUGAAGACACGUGAUCCUUGCGGUCCUUCGGGUCUGACGUCACCGCCCCCCCUCCCCCCUCUGAGUCCAUCACGGAGUGAGGAGGAGGAGAUGGGGAUCGUGCGGUGCCUUCCUCCCCGACACCAGAACCUCUUGCUCGGUCUCAGCGUUCCCGGCCCGGUCCGGAGGAGGCGGCGGGGCUGAAGGAGGAGGACGAUCCGAUGGGAGGAGGAGGAGAAGGAGGAGGAGGAAGAGGAGGAAGAAGAGGAGGAGGAGGAGGAGGAGGAGGCGUCAGAACCGCAUCCGCCGCUCCCGCCGCUCGCUGCGGAACCAUGAAGACGCCACACCGCGCAGCGGCCGCGGCAGCUCGAUCCAAGCGGAGCUGAACCGGAGAAAAUGAACGAGGAGCCGCGGCCCGACGAUGACAGCUACAUCGUGCGGGUCACGGCGGUGGUGAUGACCCGGGACGAGUCCAGCGGCGGCUGGCUGGCGCUGGACGGCUGCCUGAGCCGGGUCGGGGUCUGCCGGCUGCGGCCUGAUGGGCCGACGGGCCGGAACAACUUCCUGAUCCACGGGGAGCGCCUCAAGGACCGGCAGGUGAUUCUGGAGAGUUUCUUAAAGAAAGACCUGGUCUACACCAAGGCCACGCCCACCUUCCACCACUGGCAGGUGGACAGCAGGAAGUGCGGCUUGACCUUCCAGUGUUCGUCCGACGCCCGCGCCUUCGACCGCGGCGUGAGGCGAGCGCUGGAGGACCUGGCAGAAGGUUCCACCACGUCUUCGUCGACGCUGCAGAACGAAGCCGAGCUCGGAGACGACGACGUCUUCACGACGGCCACCGACAGCUCGUCCAACUCGUCUCAGAGGAGAGAGCCCGCCAUGCACGCGGCGCCGGCUCACUUCUGCGAGCCGCGCCGGCACCACUGCAUCCUGGGACAUUUCUAUGAGCACCACCGGCCCUCGGACCACUACUUCCUGGACCCUGCGGUCCACAUCUUUCCUCGUCACGCCAGCUUCCCUCUGGAGGAGGAGGACAUCGUUCGCUUCAGCCCCCGUGAGCGCAGCUGGCUCACCGGCUACGAGGACUACCGUCACGCCAACGCCACGCGAGACAAGCUCCCGGAGACCUGCGUGCAUUUCACCAAGAGCGACGCGCCGAAACGCGACUACACGUACCCGUACCCGCUGAGCUGCGGCGUGCAGCGGGGCUUCGACAGCAAGCCGGGCGGCCUCGAGGCGGGCGGCGGCCGCAGGGCGGUGGUGACGCUGCAGCCGCGGCCUCCGGCGUCCAAAGGGAAGUGUCACAUGGAGGACGGGGGGCGGCUCCGCUGCGUCUACUGUCAGGACAUGUUCAACCACGAGGACAACGGGCGGGGCCAGUGCCAGGAGGCGCCGGACCCCAUCCAGACCUGCAUCCGCCGGGUCAGCUUCAUGUGGUGCGCCGACAGCCUGCUGUACCACUGCAUGUCCGACCCGGAGGGCGACUACUCGGACCCCUGCUCCUGCGACACCAGCGACGAGCGCUUCUGCCUGCGCUGGACGGCGCUGGUCGGUCUGUCGCUGCUGGCGCCCUGCAUGUGUUGCUACGCCCCCCUGAGGGCGUGCCACCGCUGCGGCGUGGCCUGCCGCUGCUGCGGCGGCAAGCACAGGGCCGUGGGCUGAGCCGCCGGAGGCCGCGGCUGCAGGCCCCGCCCACUCCACAGAGACCGUCACCGCUGUUCUUUCUGUUGUUGAUGUGGUUCAUCUGUAGAGGGAAGUGAAACUUUGUGUCAACCGUUGUGCUUUUUCUGUCACUCUGAGGACCAAAUGAAGAAAAUGUCUAUGAAAGUUUGGAUAUUUGGAGCCGCCAGGUUGGCCUGGAGAAGGUCCAGAAGGAUUCCUGCAGGUCAGUGAAGGUGGAGCUGGGUU